UUUAUCAAUCAUAAGCAGAUACCUGUCGGUUUCACCUUUGUUGGUACCGACACGAUGCUGGUUUUAUAUUUCAUUUCUCACGAUAAAAUUGCAAUUUGACUGUAUUGAUCGGGCAACCAAUACGAUUUAUUUUCACGUAAGCGACAUAAAUUGAUCAUACAACUGUAAUACAUAUUACUUAAGGUUUUAUUUUGUGAUUAACAAAAUCUUGCUGAAAUGGCAUUUUUUAUGUAUAUAAACCAAUAGAUUUUAUCAAAAAAUCACAUUCGCUCCAGUAUUCAAGUGAUCAUCAUCGCUUACCUUCUGUUCUACGUGAAUCUACGUGAAUCUCUCUUCAUAAAAUGUCUGACUCCGAAGUUGAAUACCAGCGCCCAGCAGCUGUAAUCGAAAAAAACGUGCAGCCUCCUAAGAAGAAGACAUCGAAGCGCAAAGCUUCCGGGAGCUGCACGCCUUCGGAACCAAAAUCAAGUAACUACAAGCAGCGCAUCUCAGACCUCUUCGGGUUAGAGGACGGCGAGCUUCUCCCAACAUCGUGCGGGGACCUUGGAUCGUCCCUUGUCAGUCGAGUCGCCAACGGGAAAGUGCGGCGGACGGCUGACUUAACAGGAGACUUUUACGUAGACGUAAAAGUCUACCACAAGGGAGAAGCAGCCUCGACGCGGAGAGAGGAGCGGUGGAAGAAGGCGGCCGUUGCUCUUAAAGUGCAACUUAAUAAAGAUUCUCCGCCGUGGGAGGCUUUGCAAACAUUUAUGCACCGGGCUCAUGAGCUAUUCGAUAGCUCGGAGCCCGUAUUUUAUAGUGACAAUAUAAAAUAAGAUUAUAUUUAA